CUUCCUCUUUCUGACUUCCGAUCAUUCCAUUAAAACCCUCAAAACAUAAUAUUUUCCUCCCACUAAACCACCAGCUUUUCCUCCACCCCAAACGGGCAACAAAUGAGUGGGAGAACCUACGUUGUGAUAUUCUUCUUCUGGGCUGCCCUCACUCUCAUCACGCCCACACUCAUUCUCCUCUCAGAGACUUCAAAACCCUACUUGGAUUCAAAUGUUGAGAAAAUUGAAGGAAUCAAGGCUAGAAGAAUGAUAGAAAUCAUGAGAUAUCAAAGAAGCAGAGCAACCACAGAAGCACCUGCACCAACUCCAACUUCAGACCUGAAACCAGCUUUGGAGGCUAGAGAAAGCAAUAUUGGAAAGGGCUUGUUAGAAUCUUUGAGAUUGAUGAUCAAAAAUACCAAGUUCAAGUUAACGUGAGUGCAUCAGACUAAAUGUCCAAACUAUACAAAAUUCAAGACCAGAGUAUUUUUAGUUUAGAUUUUUCUUGAUGCAUGAAAGCUACUUCCGAGACAGAGCUCAUGACUUUUCGGUUUGAGGCUCUCCGGUUAUCUCCUGGAGAAACAAUGUAAAUGUGAC